AACACGCUUACAGCUCAAAUUUGCGCCAUACAACGACAUUAAAGCUGUCUAGGAAGGGCCUGAGCGCCCGGUAGCUUUGCACUCAAUCCUUUGCUCGCUCUUUCCUAGCUCGGGCCGCAUCAUGGCGCUACGCGCGUUGGGCCGUCAGCUGCGUAGCCUGAACCUGCUGCCAGCUGUGCAGCCAGCUCGCUUCUUCGGCGCGGGAGCCCACCACGAUGACGAGCAUGAGGAGGAGGAGCACGGCCCCGCUCAGACGCCCACGGUCUUCGAUAAGCUGGUGGAGGUGACCGUGGUCGACAUGAACGGCAUUCGCCACAGGGUCCGCGGCCUGCAGGGCCAGAGCCUGGCGCAGGCGCUGGUCGAGUAUGGCUUCCCGGACACCUAUUUCUUCCCCAACAUGGGCUUCUACACGCAACACAUUGUGGAUGCGCAUGUGUUCGUGCCCAAGGAGUUCUGGGGCAAGGUGCAGAACGUGGACCCGGAGAGCGACGACGGCCUCGCGGUGAAGCGCAUGUUCCGCGACAUCGUGCAGGAUUACCAGCGCGACACCUCGUUCUUCGCCUCCUACAUCACGCUGGGGGCAGAGCACAACGGUAUGACCGUGGGCAUCGGCCCUAUUAAGCCCUGGAUUCUGCACUCGGAGUGGGCGUUCGCCGGCGUGCACGACAGCAGGAACAAGCAGUUUGACAAGCCCACUGUGGAGAUUUGGGGGUGAGGAGAGGCAGCAAGCAACGGUUUGUUGGAGAGGGUAGAUAGGCAGUAGGGACAGCGACGCGCUGGGAGCAGGGGGGACGUAGGUAGGCACGCGGACAGUGCGGAGUCGGGGAGGUUGAGGGUGCGCGGCACGGCCGCCGGCUUGGCCAUGGCCGUGCGGGAGCUUAUCUUGUGUAGCUUAUGACGUUCUUGUGCAACUAUAGUGACUGUUAUCACCGUCUUAUGAUGGAUUGAGCGUUUGCUCAGAGGCUGGGCAGAGGCUUCCAGCGACAGUAAGGUUUACGGCACUGUUGGGCACGGGCACGUCGGGCCAACCCGCCCAUUUUACAUGGAUGAACGUACUUGCUGUGGACACGUGGCAUUGACUCUAAUGUGGCGUUCAUGUGAUGAAAUGCCGCUAUCAUUUAUCAGGGGUGGGCGCCCAUGCUGAGUAGCGCGGCAAAGGAGCUGGCUUUCCUGUAAGGAGCGUUGGGCGCUGGUUUGAGCCCUCCAUUUGGUUGACCCUUGCGAGUGUGGGACGUUACGACGUAAGCCAGGGUGUGUGUGCACGGCGACAGUGGGUGAGCGCCGUUAGGGCCGGUGGCGGCGUCAGGACCAGCGUGUAGGGUUCAGCACCUCAGUCACCUGCAGCGCGGGCGCGCAGCAGGAUGCGCGAGAGUGGGACGUAGUAGAAGGCCUGUAGGGCGGUACAGGGGCCGGGAGUCGAUGUGUGUGAGCGCCGGGGGGAUGGGGUGCGGGCAGCAGAGUUCAGAUCGUAAUGCCGCCAGCGGCUCGGGAUGUCG